AUGUACUCGGUUCAUCUAGCGAUCUGGGUUCGUGUGGCCACUCACCAUUUCACCCAUGCCGCAGCUCGCUGGCUUCAGUCUGUCGAGUCUGAAGUUCAUAACAUAUCCUGGGAGUCAUUCUCUAACCUCAUCCAUGAGAGAUUUAGCCGUGAUCAGCAUGAGCUGCUCUUACACCAGCUUUUCCACAUUAAACACACUUCCACUAUUUCUGUUUAUAUCGAAAAGUUCACUGAUCUUUUUGAACAGCUCAAAGCCUACAAUCCUCACCCUGAUAAACUCUACUUUACUACUCGCUUCGUUGAUGGUUUACGCGAAGACAUUCGCUCUGUUGUUAUGGUUGCUCGACUCCAAAACCUCGAUACUGCUUGUACUCUCGCCUUGUUACAGGAAGAGGCGCUGGACCAAGGUACCCACAAGGAAUUCAAGUGCUCGGAAGCGUCCCCGUUCGCUCGCACGGCAACAAUCAAGGGUGCUCUUCCCUUGCCUCUUCCACCCCGGCGUCCCCAAGCUGUGCAAGAUCCGGUUCCUGAGAAGCGAGUUCCAACCAAGUCUACUUCCAUCGACGACAAGCUGUCCACACUACGAAAUUACAGGCGAGCACGUGGACUCUGUGUUCGCUGUGGCAACAAGUGGGCUAUAGGCCAUCGGUGUGCCCUAGUUCCACAAGUUCAUGCUCUUCAAGAAGUCUGGGACCUGUGCUCCGAGGCAUUUCAGGAAGCUGUCGAUAGUCCUAUCCAAGAAGCUGAUCAGCCCACCGAUGUUCAGGCUUUCAUGAUGUUAUCCUCUGCUGCGGCCUCUGGUUCAGCUGCUCCUAGAACAAUGCAAUUCAAAGGAUCAUUGCUGGGCCGUGAUGUCGUCAUUUUGGUGGAUUCCGGAAGCAGCCAUUCCUUCUUGAGUUCCUGCAUUGCAACCGGUCUGCCAAAUCUGAGGCCUCUUCGUAAACCAAUGACACCUUACGUUCAGUCGUCUUUGGCGCCGCGCUCCCACCACAAGCUGUGCUUCAAAUACUUCGGUCCCUUCAAGGUACUGUCCAAGAUCGGAGCAGUGGCGUACAAGCUGGAGCUUCCACCGACGUCUUCAAUCCACCCGGUGUUCCACGUCUCGAUGUUGAAGCCGGCGUCGUCCGCUGUUCCAGCAGUCUCCGCCAGGCUCCCCGACCUCGACAACAACAUGCAAGUCCCGGAGCGCGUGCUGCAGUCCAGACUUCAUCAACGCGGUACCCACUCCGUCAAGCAGUUGCUGAUCAAGUGGUCCGGUCUCAACGACGACCUUGCUACCUGGGAGGACGCCGACACCAUCAUGCAGUGCUUCCUUGGUGCUCCGGCAUGGGGACAUGUCGGCACUCAAGGUGGGAGGGAUGUCAGCAAACCUCACCGUGGGAACCCGUCGGCAGCACCAAGGCCCAAGAGGAAGAGAGCCAGAUUGUCUGGGCCGGAAUGGGCCUGCGUGACUCGUAACGAGAAGCCCGAGUCGGCGUGA